AAUUAAUAUAAGUAGAUGAAAAGGAGGAACAUAGCCCACAGGUUAGAAGAAGGUUCUCAAGUUUUACAGAGAUUAACAAUGGAUGUGUCCAAGUUACAUAACUCUGAUGAAGAAGACAAGAAAGAAGACGAAGUUGUGCUUCCCGGCUUCAGAUUCCAUCCAACAGACGAAGAGCUUGUGGGCUUUUAUCUCAGGCGAAAGGUGGAGAAGAAGCCUCUCAGAAUUGAACUCAUCAAACAGAUUGACAUCUACAAAUAUGAUCCAUGGGAUCUUCCAACAAGUUCUGUGGGGGAGAAGGAGUGGUAUUUCUUCUGCAUAAGAGGGAGAAAGUACAGAAACAGCAUAAGGCCUAACAGAGUGACAGGGUCUGGGUUUUGGAAAGCCACCGGGAUUGAUAAACCGAUAUACUGUGUUAAAGAACCCCAUGAAUGCAUUGGGUUGAAGAAAUCAUUGGUUUAUUACCGUGGAAGUGCUGGAAAAGGCACCAAAACUGAUUGGAUGAUGCAUGAGUUUCGUCUUCCACCCAAUGGAAAAUCCACCACUAACCCACAACCUAAUGACAUUCAAGAAGCUGAAGUGUGGACGCUAUGUCGAAUAUUCAAACGAGUCCCAUCUUACAAGAGGUACACACCAAAUUUGAAAGACUCAAACACAGCACCAAUCACGAAGCCAAACCCCACAAACUCUUCAAGUUCCAAAACAUGCAGUUUAGAAUCUGACACCGCCAAGCCAUGUUUGACUUUCACAAACUCACCAUCAUCACUGCUCCUUCACCAAAACCAAAUGAUCAAACCAGUUUUCGGACAUGUUGACCAACAGCCUACGACAUCCUUUUCCUACUCGAGUUUUUGGAACCAUCAGAAUCUGGAAUUGGCUCAUGAGAAUUGGGAUGAUCUCACUUCUGUCGUUCAGUUUGCUGUUGAUCCGUCCAGGCUUUCUGAUCACUGUAAAGAGUUUAAUAGAUUUUGAUACCAUUUUACAUGCUUAAACUACUUAUUAUAACAUAGUAACAUACAUAUUUCUUAUAUAUAUAUCUCACUCUAUUCUUUUCUUUGGUGAGAACUUAGUUUGACACUAUAUGUUAACUUUUUCUUUGGUUAUCUAUUGCUACCUUUAUUCUUUUUUUUCU